CCAUUCCUUGGGCAGGGGAGAAGCGAAUGGCCAUGGGUUUUACAGGCAGGCAGCAUUGCUGCACUUCCGUUUGCACGGUUGCUUGCGGAGCGCUCCACCGCGUCGCCAAGCAGCUCACGGGCGGCAGGCCCAAGGAGGAGGUGGUGGUGGGGUGGGGUUCGUGGGCCUUCCAGGGAGGGAAGGGCGGCUCCCCCAUCUCCGUCAGGGGCGGGCGCGCGCCGACGGGGCGGCUCAUCAAGCUGCUCCGUGAGCGCUACGCCAAGCAUGUGUUCAUCAUCGAUGAAUACAAGACCUCCAAGACCUGCUACAACUGCGGGUGUCAGGAGAUGGCCAUCAAGCGGCUUGGGGGGCUGAAGGAGGGGCAGCGGCCCUGGUCGGUCAAAGUCUGCAACGACUGCUUGACGACCUGGAAACGCGACGUCUCCGCCGCCAACGUGAUCCGUGUGCUCCUCCUGCUGAAGCUGAUGGGCUUCGAGCGGCCGACCAAGCUGCAGCGGCCGCCAUAGCCGCCGGCGGCGGCGGGGCCGGGCUGAGAGCCUGAACGGCGCUAGCAGGGCGUGGGGCUGAGGGUGCACGUGUUGAUUGGCGGCGAGUGACGUGACUAGUUUGUUAGCUGCGGGUUAGCACGGACUGUGCACCCCACCCAACCGGCCACGUCCGGAUUUGCGGGGAUGCCAAAGGCCCCCAACAUAGAGGCGUGUGCUUAGUAGGCGCCCGCGUCAAGGUGGCUGGGUUGAUAACGACCCGGGAUCAGCCCUUUUCCUGCCUCCCUAAGGCAGCCACCUCCUUGUUAGGGAUUUUCUGUGUCCUACCUAAUUGUUUGCAUUUCCUACUUCUUUGCAAGUCCAAUCGGGCCUGGGGUACCGAGUACGGCGUUUGGCUGGCCAUAGAAUAUUGCUGGGUAUCCAAAGGUUGAACGGCGGGGAUAUGCCCAACUCCUGCUGGCAUACGUACGGCAAGGCGGGUUGCAUAAAUUUGCUGCAUUACACAGGCGGCAUGUCCGUCUCCGCGGGUUUACACGCACAGGUUGUCCACUUUGUGACAAGGCGCCCUGCCCGCACCCGGGGUGCGUGUGUGCUGCAGUGUGUGUGUACUGCAGAGUCUGGAGGAACGGUUGAUGCUGUCCUCUCCAACCGUCCGGCCUAGGUCCGUGAUGUGAGGAGCUAGAUAGGCUAGCUAGCCCUCUUACACCGUCCUGAAUGGUUGUCUGUGAUAGGUGCAAACUGAACACAUUGCUUCGGUGUGUGGGGACGCCGCGUUGGCAAGAGCCACGGAUGGCCCUAAUACCGUGGGGGCAUGUCGCACCCGUGGAGGGCACUGUAACAACAGACGGUAGACUGUCACAUUCUAAAGGACAUUUGAUUUAGCUCAGAUGAUCAAAUACAGCAC